UCUGUCAGGUCAUAAACAAAAGGUCGGUGCGUUCGCUCGGUCGUUUUUGUAUUAUAACGAAAAAUCGGAACACGUCGGAAAACGCAAAAGAGAUUCGUCUCCUCGACUUUCCGAUGACGAAUUUAAUAACCUGAAAACGAAGAAGCGAGAGCAGCGAGGGAAGGCAGAGGAAAACCGCCAAUCACUUUCACACAUUGCAUGGAUGAAAAUUGGAACAGCCGACAAUAAAGCAACAUCAGCAGCGACGCUGACUGAGGCAGCGACGUCGACGUCAGUUAAAUUUACAUUUGUUACAUUUUUAUAAUCAACGAAACACACGGAAUCCACAAAUAAGAAGCCAUAGAGCAGGUUUCUAGUCGAUGGUUUCAAUGAUCAUUGCAUAAUAAUGGCAUCGGCACCUGAAUCGUGCGGAGUACGCGAUUCCAAGGAACCGGAGACCGAGUGGCAGUUCGAUCCGGAGGAGGGGCGGACCCAGGCAGCAAUGACAGACUCCCAGCGCGCAUUGGAUUCCCUUGAGGGGGGGACCGAGGCGGACACAGAUUUAGAUGCUGCCGCUGCUGGAGCUGACCAACAAAGGCCAAACGAUGAUCAACUGCAGCUGCAGUCGCUGGAGCCCAUCUCCUUGGAUGACAUACCUGAGCCCAUUAAAGUCCUUGACGAGAUCAUUUCGGAGUUCGAGGAGGCGGCGACGAAACCGGUGGCCUUGCACAGCAGCAGUGGUGAGAAUCAGUCCGAGGACGAUGGCUACAUGAGCCUGAGUCGCAAAAACAUGUCCAAAAAGGACUCCGAAGAUGUGCCCCAAACACCCAGCACCGAUACUGUGCCCGAGGGAAGUUUCAAUGAGGUGGAUGGCACAGCAGAGAAUCUAGCCAAAUUAUCUGAGGUGGAACACGGACAGGAAACGACGACGCCCCUCAUCCAGACAACGUUGCCGAAGGCACGGGGUUCCAGCUCGACGCCGGCCACCAACUCAAACUACUCGAGUCUGCCGUGUUGUGGGGCCAGGACCUCGAAUACGGGCGGAGCUGGUGUUGGCAGUUCUUCAAGUGGACUGGCAGCCAUCAGGCACCCGGGCAGCUGCAGCGGUGGGCGCAACGCACUGGGCAUCGACAUCAGCGCCGUGCACAAUGCUGUGCUUCGCGGCAAUCUGGCAAAGCUGCCGGAGCCCUUCGUCAACGAACAUCCGGUGACCAUCUAUCCAGGUCCCUCCUCAAAGGCGGCCGGGGGGGAGGGGGCUCGUGGAAAACGGCUGGUAGAGAAGCACAAAGAGGUGUGCCAUAUGCUCAAUCCGCUUUCCAGCAACUCGACCUCCUCGACCGGUUCGCAGAACACGUCUAGUGGAGAGGCUUCGCCGGCUGCUUCCCACGUCAAUGUCACGACCUCGAAGGCAGCAGGCAGGGAUGAAGAUUACUCGGAGGACUCGCUGGAGGAGUCCACGAUCUCCACGGACCUCACUCCUGUCAAGCAGAAUGGCGUCGCCUGGGAAAUCCACUUUAAGAGCAUUAAUAAUAAGUCCAGCGGCUCCAAAAAGGCAUCUGGUGCUGCGUCCAAAAAGCACCAACAACGGGCCACCAACUUAGACGACUUCAACAACAGCUUCAUGUACAACGAGCAAAGUAUGCUGGGCAAGGGAACCUUCAUUAUCCGCCGUUCCACGGCAAAAAAACCACCCCGUGCUACAGAUGUGUUUUGUAUACCAAAGCCGCCACGUCCCUCCUUGGCCGAGAGAGCUGGAUGCGGAUCUAGGGUUGGAGCUGGAGCGAUCAGUAAUGAGUUCUACACAAGCGACAGCGACCAGAGUGACGCCACACCACUCCCACUACCGCCGCCGCCUGCCUCCUCCGAGAUAAACUUUGUUUACAAGGAGUGCGAGGCUAACGCGGCGCACACACGCCGCGGAUUGGAGAUGGCCGCUGCUCAUCGUGCGGCUCUUUCGUUGGACAUCGCCGAGGCACCGGACCAACUGGGCCACUGCAAGCCAGCCAGGAGUAAGACGGCAAUGCUGACCGAAAAGCGGCUGAGCGCCGAGUCCAUGCCGGACAACACCUCCAGCAGCGAGGAGUUCGAUGAGGCGCGUCCCAACGGUAGUGGAGGCUACGAUCUGUACCCCUACAACGGGAAUGAUCAACGUGUUUCCAACGCUACCACUCCACACACGGAUCUGGCCCCAACUCUGGAGGAGGACGAAGAGCUGUCCGAUUUUAGCUACGGGUGUGCUCCGCUAAUGCAAAUCGAGGAUAACAUUAGCGCCUUGCUGCGUGGAGAUAUUCCCAUUGUCGGUAAACAGGCAGGCUGCAAUGGGGGUGGAUCCGUUGGAGCCGCUCCGACAGCUGCCGAGAUUCAUGCCAAGCGAGUGUUGGAAUUUCGGCCAGGGGUUCACAAGUCGGAGAGUGCCAAGGAGAUGCUUUUGUCACAGUUGCCCAGCUUGGGUCCAUUGCCCCCAUCGCCGCCAUGCUCUAACCCGGAUUUAUUUGACUAUGAUGCCCCAUUGCCGCCAUCGCCAGUUGAGCCGCGUAAGCAGCUAGAGCUUCCGGCAGAGGUGGCCAUCUGUGCCAUGCCACCGAAUCGUGGCACAACCGUUGUAGAGGUGCAUGCCACCGCCUCUGGAGCGGCAGUACACAGCAGCAACAGCCACAUGCGCCGAAGUCGCGACAAUGUUGCUGCAGUGCGCCACUUCAACGACGAGCUGCCACCGCCACCGGCGCCUGCCCACCAGUCGAGCGGCUUUGUGGAAGGCUUACCUGGACCACCAAUGGUACCGCCGCAUCGAGCCACUGGAGGGCAUUCGGCAAACACCAUGAAAUCGUGGAGCAUUGACUCGCAGUACCGCAAGCGAUCGCCCAAGCUAUUUGGCCACUAUAGCAGCGGCGGCAGUGGGAUCACCACCCCCACCGGUCUUGGACCUAUGCCACCGCUGGCUGCGCCUCCUCUUGAUGGAAUGGCCGGUGGAUCCGGGUCCUAUCAAAGGCGGUACAUUAAUUAUGGCACCAAGCGCAGUCUGAAGCAGUCGCCGCGCGAAGAGCACCGCCUGCAAACCUCAUGUAGUCUUCCCGAAACGCCAAUCUUCGCAAGAGGCUGUGACAUACCACGUACGCCGUAUCGACGCCAAAAUGAACCGCUGCCUGUGGUCAGCGGUUCACGCACCGCGCCCAGAUCGAGCACAUCAAACAGCAUCAACAUGGGUACUUCCAUUUUGGGGAUUGGAGCCGGUAACUAUGGAACGGCCCAAAUUUGCCGCCAGCGAUCGAUCAAUCAUGCGUUGGCCUCCAAUGAGAUGCUACGCAUGACCGGAGCCCCCGCUCGUGGAUGGUAUCCCAAGCAACGGGGGAUGCGCCCGGUAUCGACCGAGAACAUCGAUCGCCUGGCUUCCGUGCGGGUGUGGGACAACCCGGCGGGCAUGUCAGGCACUGGGCAAUCCCGCAAGCCACUAACGCUGCCACCUAAUCUAACGCCCUCCUUCUUAAACAAAUCACCCCGCGAGGCUCUGCGACGAGUGACGAGUUUGUUGAUUACCAAGAAAAAGAACAGUAAGGAUCGAAAACAUAAAACCUAUUGCGAUCAGCUCAUGGAUGAUAGCAACAGCAAGCAUACCUAUGAAUUUGAGACUGGCUCAACAAAACAAAAGGAUAUCAAUCGCAAGGAUAACGGAGCCUCGGGGGUUACCACCAAUGCCAAACCCAAAAAGAAGGGUAUCUUUAAAUCCCUUUGGAAGCGCACGAAAACAGCCUCGCUGGAUCAUUAAAGAAAUCCUCGUUGGCAAGACUAAGCACUGUCCCAAGUUUUAUGUCACCAUAAGCAUAAUAGCAUCGAAGUUGAUAAUAACCCUGCACUUACACUCACGUUAAUCGGGAGGCAAGUUAAGAGUUUAUCUUGCACCAAUCCACCACUAACCUGCUCAUCGGAUCAGUUAAAUUUUCUCACUCUCGUGUUCGUUCAUCUUGAAAACAAUUGAAGCAAUUUUGUAUACAUCGUAUAUCGGUCAUAUAGUAUUGAGAAAACUGAAUAAUUCAAAUGCACAAAAGCCGUGAAUCUUAAAGACUGAAAAUGAAAAAGCGUAAAACAAAGAAAAAUUAAGCGAAAAUAAAAACAUUAUGGAAGACAGCAAAAUAAAGUGAUCUUAUGCAAACAAUA